UCCAAUCAUAUACCGACUGUUGUACGUAUAUUUUACUCCGAUCCACCGCCGAUCGCCUCCCCAAGCAAGCAAGCAGCCGCUCGGAGCGAAGACUGAGGCGGCGGCGACCAUGGCGGGGCUCGCGCACCUCGUCCUCGCCCUCCUCCUCCCCCUCGCGCUGCUCCCGCCGGCCGCGCGCGGCACGGAGGAGACGCCGCAGUACACGACGGUGCACGCCGAGUCCGACUUCGAGGUGCGCCGCUACCGCGACACCGUCUGGAUGUCCGCCCCCUCCGACGACAUCUCCUUCCACGUCGCCACCAAGCUCGGCUUCCACCGAUUGUUCCAGUACCUGAUGGGCGCGAACCUUAACUCCUCCAGGAUCAGGAUGACAACUCCCAUCCUAACUAGCAUCGUCCCAGGUGCAGGGCCGCUACACUCGUCUGCCUACUUUGUGCGGCUCUACUUACCAGCGAAGUUCCAGGCUUCCCCUCCUGUGCCUCUCCCCGAACUGAACCUCCACCCGGAUAGGUGGCCAAGCCACUGCAUUGCAGUGAGGAGCUUCUCGGGUUAUGCACGGGACAACAAUGUCGUCGAGGAAGCGGAGAAACUUGCGUUGAGUUUGAGCCGGUCACCAUGGGCUAAUUCCACAAACUACCCUAGCAAGAGCGCCUACUCAAUUGCGCAGUAUAACAACCCCUUUCGCAUCAUUGGCCGUCUCAACGAGGUAUGGUUCGAUGUUGAUUGCAAGUCUACUGGUGUUGAGGCAUACUAAAACGAAGGUUUUACUGUGCACCAUCACCCCAAAAAAAAAAAAGGCUUAUUGUGUGUUAGUACCACAUAAGCCAUGUACAUCUUUGUAUAUAUGUGUUCAUGGUGAUGAAUUCUGAUGAUAAAGCUGGGGGGUGUUUGUGGUGUGUCAAUCCAUCAGUGAUGAAAUGACACAGCAGAUGUCAAUUGUAAUGAUCCACUAUGUACUCACAUCUUGCAAGCUCGAGUGCUCGAUUCAGACUGAUCUUGCAUGUCAUUGUGUGGCUAAUGUGAUGUUUCCACUGCAA